UGUGUGUGUGUGCGCAAGUGCAAAGAGCUAGCGGCAAGCUAAUAUGAAGUGUGUGCUGUGUCUCUGUGGGCCGAGAGCGAGCAGGAAGUUGCAGCUCGGGUGCCGUGCCACUCGUCUCAUCAAUGCAGCUUUCAUUCUCCUUGGCCGGGCCAAGAUGGAAGUCGUACAAAAGGAGCGCUGGUACUUCAUGGCACUCGUCUUCCUCCCUUUUCUUCAAGGAGCGUGUGCAGAUACCGCGCCGGAGAUCGAGACGGUCACGAUCCACCUACAGGAGGGGAUGAUCCUCGACUGCUUGUGCCCCUGGGACGGGAACCUCACCAUGGUGUCAUGGACCAAAGACCCAGACACCAAUUCCAUCGCCGUUUUUCAUCCAGAGUACGGAGUAGCCACCACUUACCAUUACCGUGAGCGGAUCGAAUUCUUGAGAAGCACCCCGAUGGACGGAAGCAUAUCCAUGAAGAACGUCACCCAUCAGGACAUUGGCGUUUAUCACUGCUCUGUCCAGACGUUCCCCCAAGGCCCUUGGAUCAGAAACAUUCAGGUGGAGGACUUAGACGAGCCUCCAGAGGAAGAUAAAGAAGACGACGCCGAGGUCGUGGAGGCGGACGUGUACGUGACGGCAACACCCAGCAGCAAUCUAACCGUGGAGUGCAAUCACGAGCACAACGGCACCAGCGUGCACCAGGCCGUCGUGGAGCACAUGGCGUUGGGUCAACCGUGGGUCAUCAUCGGCAUAUGCAAGCGGGUGGAGGGCGGCGUGCUGAUCGAAGACUACAGCGAGCGCGGUCAGGUCAGCUGCGAGCAGAGCAUGGACGUCAGUCUGCAACUGACCCCUGUGGCGCAGGAAGAUGGCGGCUUGUACCGCUGCAGCUUCAGCACGGACGCCGGCCUGCAGACCAACACCGUCUUGGUCACGGUGUCAGCGUCAGGUGGCUUCAGCCUGUCUGUGUUCAUGCUGUAUAUUUACUUGGCGAUUGCAACUGCUGGACUGAUUUUACUGACGGUGCUGCUCAUCGUCUUGUUGAGGCGCAGGAAGAAGAUCAGACGAGAAGAGAGCAGAGAUAAACUGCACCCAUCUCACCCACACCAAUGGCGACGGUGGUGGGCGGCAGAGCUUUGCGGGCAAGUCUACUGAGACGUCAACUACAUGGAACAACAGAGCCAUCUUUGGAGUUCUUUUCCCCUUCCGUCAUGUUCCGGAAUAUUAGAAUUAAGAGGACGCUUCACAAAUUCAGUGACUGUCUACAAUAUAUUUUGUCUUUGUAGGGGUCGGUACCACCGUCCAGGUCACUGGUUCCAACCGGAUAAAACAAAAAAAGUGUUGAGGGAGACAAAUGCUACAUGAGAGAACAUUCAAGUUUAUUACCUCUGUCAUCAAAAAACAUAUUUACAUUGAGUGAAAACUGAAACAUAAUGAAAGUGCUAUCGAUGUAAUCUGACCACACAUUUAAACAAACAUGAUGUCUACAGAUUUUCUUCAACACACGCCCACAUUAAAUAAAGUGACACUUGAGGGGAACUGUGGAACAAUGAAGUGCUUGUACAUUUCUCUCAGUCCUACGGCCUUUGUUUCUACACAAACUAUAUAAUAACAUUCAAAUAAAUUGCCACCAAAGGACCUUGAAAAUUUU